UUUACAGAUUCCUUGGACUGUUUGAUCUGUCCACCUGAAUUUUGGCCAAAUGAAAAGAAAGAUCAGUGCCUUCCAAAACCUUCUGAAUACCUUUCCUAUAAAGAGAUCAUGGGGGCACUUUUAACUGGAUUUGGCUGUGUUGGCAUAUUUCUGUCUCUUCUGACAUCAGUCAUUUUUCUAGUUCAUAAAGAGACUCCCAUUGUAAAAGCCAACAACUCUGAACUGAGCUUUCUGCUGCUCUUCUCAUUAAAACUGUGUUUCCUGUGUUCUCUGACCUUCAUCGGUCGGCCCUCUGAGUGGUCCUGCAUGCUGCGACACACAGCAUUUGGCAUCACCUUUGUCCUCUGUAUCUCAUGUGUCCUGGGGAAAACAAUAGUGGUGUUGAUGGCCUUCAGAGCCACACUUCCAGGCAGUAAUGUGAUGAAAUGGUUUGGUCCUACACAACAGAGACUUAGUGUUCUGACUUUUACUCUCAUUCAGGUUGUGAUUUGUAUACUUUGGCUAACAAUCAACCCUCCAUUCCCGAGGAUGAACAUGAAGUACUAUAAAGAGAAAAUAAUCUUAGAGUGCGCCCUGGGUUCAGCUGUUGGAUUCUGGGCUGUGUUGAGUUAUAUUGGAUUUCUUGCUCUCUUGUGCUUUGUACUUGCUUUUCUUGCCAGGAAGCUGCCAGAUAGCUUUAAUGAAGCCAAACUGAUCACGUUCAGCAUGCUGAUAUUCUGUGCAGUCUGGAUCACAUUUAUCCCAGCGUAUGUGAGUUCUCCUGGAAAGUUCACUGUAGCUGUGGAGAUUUUUGCCAUUUUGGCCUCCAGUUUCGGUUUGCUGAUAUGCAUUUUUUUACCAAAAUGUUAUAUUAUUAUCUUCAGACCAGAACAAAACUCUAAAAAACAUUUGAUGGGCAAAAUACCCCCAAGAACUCUCUAAUCUGUAAUUCAAAUGUUUCCUCAAUACGAAUAGCCUUAGUAUGACAGCAAAUUAAAAUUCACUGCCUCGUCUCACAGCUAAUUUGGAACCCUGUUGUAAUUCGGAAUCUUUUACUUGCUGUAAUGUGCUGAAUAAAUUGAAUACACUGACUUGGGCCUUCUUUUCGGUUUUUAU